AUGCUGGUCUACGUCUUAAUUUUGUUUAUGUCAUGUUUUUUAACUGCCGCCUUUUACUAUCGCCGGCUCUUCCUCAUCUACUUUCCCGAUCUAAAAAAUCGUUAUGAGCGUCUUCCAGCAUUCUUUUCUACAAACUCUUCAUUAAACAAUUCAUCAUUUCAAGCUGACAUUGAGACUGGUCUGACUUCUGAAACAUUUGACCUAAAUCAAAAUGUUGUUGGUAAAGAUGAUCGGCCAGGAUUGGAAAAUGCCGAAGAGAUUAAGGAAAUCAUGAAAACGGAAGGAUUGAAAUUUGAUCAGGCAAGGUUGUUGAUGAUGCAACGAAAAUUUAAAACUAAUGAUAUCGACCCACAAACAGGUGUACCCAAGGAUCCUAAGUUGGUUACAUUUUCUUCAACGAGCGAAUGA